GGAGAAUCAAGUAGCUUAAUUGUCUUCUAAUACCCAGCAAGAGAAAGAGACAAACACCUCUUCGGAGAUCUCAAAGGUCUCUCCUCUUUCUCCUUUUCAUCUUCAACCAACCCUCGUUUUCUCCGAACUCCAACUCUCUCUCUCUCUUAUUUACCCAUUUCCUUCCUUUUCCUCACUCUCCCCCAAUCAUGGCUACCCUUUACUCAACUCACUGUCGUUCGUUCCCAUCCUCUUCCUCCACCUCAUUCCCUCCUUCCAACCGCUUUCUUCCCGCCACUGUUUCUCUCAAAUCUCAACCCCAAUUUCUUCAACACCUUUCAGUUCAUACCCAACAACAUGACGGUGCAGCUACUGUAUCCCCGGUUGAAAACAACCAUAGUGGCAAGCGACGGAUACCUGAAAUAGUGCCGGUUAUAUCGUCCAAGGAGUCUGAAGUUGAGGUUGAUUUUGGAAAGGAUGGAAAUGAGGUUACUGUUAGUAUAACUGUUGUUGGAGCUUCUGGAGACCUUGCUAAGAAGAAGAUUUUUCCGGCACUCUUUGCACUUUACUAUGAGGGGUUUCUCCCUAAGCACUUCACUGUUUGCGGUUAUGCUCGAAGUAAGAUGACUGAUGUAGAAUUGAGAAAUAUGGUUAGCAAGACUCUUACAUGUAGAAUUGAUCAAAGAGAGAACUGCAAUGAAAAAAUGGAACAGUUUCUUAAAAGAUGUUUCUAUCAUUCGGGUCAAUAUGAUUCUCAGGAAAAUUUUGCAGCACUAGACAAGAAGCUCAAGGAACAUGAGGGUGGGAGAGCUUCUAAUCGCCUGUUUUAUCUUUCAAUUCCUCCUAAUAUAUUCGUAGAUGCUGUAAAAUGCGCUAGCUUGUCAGCUUCUUCGGGUAAUGGUGGUUGGACAAGAGUCAUUGUUGAAAAACCUUUUGGCCGUGAUUCAGAAUCCUCUGCCGCUUUAACAAAGUCGCUCAAGCAGUAUCUGACCGAGGAUCAAAUUUUCAGGAUUGAUCACUAUCUUGGGAAAGAGCUUGUGGAAAAUCUUUCUGUUCUCCGAUUCUCAAAUCUAAUUUUCGAACCAUUAUGGUCAAGGCAAUACAUAAGAAAUGUACAAUUGAUAUUCUCAGAAGAUUUUGGUACUGAAGGACGUGGCGGGUACUUCGACAAUUAUGGUAUAAUUAGAGAUAUUAUGCAGAAUCAUCUACUUCAAAUACUAGCCCUCUUUGCAAUGGAAACCCCUGUUAGUUUGGAUGCAGAGGACAUUAGAAAUGAAAAGGUCAAGGUUCUACGUUCGAUGAGACCCAUUAAACUCGAGGAUAUAGUUUUAGGCCAAUAUAAGAACCACACGAGAGGAGGCGUUGCAUAUCCAGCCUAUGUUGAUGACAAAACUGUACCGAAGGGCAGUUUAACACCAACAUUUGCCGCGGCUGCCCUCUUCAUAGAUAACGCAAGAUGGGACGGGGUUCCUUUUCUGAUGAAGGCUGGGAAAGCGUUGCAUAACAAGAGAGCUGAGAUAAGAGUACAGUUCAGGCACGUGCCGGGCAAUCUGUACAAUCGAAAUUUCGGGUCAGAUCUUGAUCGGGCUACAAAUGAACUUGUUAUAAGAGUUCAGCCCGAUGAAGCUAUCUAUUUGAAAAUCAACAACAAAGUACCCGGGCUAGGAAUGAAGUUGGACCGCAGUAAUUUGAAUCUUCACUAUGCAGCAAGAUAUUCAAAGGAAAUACCAGAUGCUUACGAGAGGCUACUUCUCGAUGCGAUUGAAGGGGAAAGAAGACUCUUUAUACGCAGCGACGAACUUGACGCCGCUUGGUCACUCUUUACGCCCGUGCUGAACGAGAUAGAAGAUAAAAAGAUAACUCCAGAAUACUAUCCUUACGGUAGUCGUGGUCCUGUUUGCGCUCACUAUCUUGCAGCCAGGUACAACGUACGAUGGGGCGAUCUUGGUCUAGAAGUAGAACAAUAAUACGUAACAGUUUGUCGCGAUUGUUAUCAGCCUCCGAUUUUAGCUAACACACCCGACGAUUUGUGGUUUCUUACCGGUGCGGUUUUAUUUUUUUAAUAAUACACUUGUAUGGUAGGAAAAUACAUGAAAACAUGUAAAGUAAUAAGGAAUUAAAGUGAAGAAUAGUGUGAUGAAAGCAUUGAGAUUUUUCAUUUAUUUAUUUUUGGUUAGAUACAGAAAAUGCUUCAUGUAGUUUUCAUUUGAAUGUAUUUUGAUUGGAGGGAAUUUUAAAUUUAGGCAUUGAA